CUUCUGAUGAAGAAAAAGAAAGACUUAAAUCAACUCCCGAGCGAGGUUGGUCUUCUUUUGAGAAGAUUCUUGCAACCACCAGCAUAAACAAGUAAAACAUCGCUGACUACUUUUUGAGCAAUAAGAAUAAUGGCUUCGACCACGACCUGACCAUGGCGUGUCGUGGUCGAAAGAAAUUGCACAAUGAAGAUCUCCUGACGUCUCCUGUUUCGCCACCGUGCUGCUUCUGCACCGGUGGGUAGGCGCGGACACAGCAGCACAUAUUUUCACGUAGUUUUUCUUCCCUCCACCCCUGUACUGUUCGUUUUCUCCCCCUCCGCACCGCCCACCAUGCCGACGGGUGUGAUGAAGGGUCUAACCGUGUUUGUCGCGGACAUUCGGAAUUGUCCCGACAAACAAGCGGAGGAAAAACGGGUAGAGAAAGAACUGCAGAAAAUCCGCCAGAAGUUCAACCAACCGAAAACGCUCUCCGGCUACGACCGGAAGAAAUACGUGUGGAAACUGCUCUACGCGUUCAUGCUGGGGUACGAAAUCGACUUCGGCAGGAUACUAUGCAUUACAAAGGUAUCGUACUAGUAUAAAUUGCAUUACGAAUUUUUUCAAGAAGAAAAAUGGAAUUUGUAAUACUGAUUUACCUAAAAAGGGAUGUUUGUCAUGCAUGAUAGCAAUUACCACGGUACGAGUGCGAUACUUUUGCACAGGAUAGAUACAAGCGGUCAACCUCUGCUCCUGCAGCAAGUACAGCGAAAAAUCGGCGGGGUAUUUGGCUUAUGAAUUGCAAAAGUAUCGUACUCGUAUAAAUGCAUUACAAAUUAUUUCCUCAGCGUGAGAGAUAAAAUUUGUUAUGCUGAUUUCCCUCACGAGAAAGAUUUGUAAUGCAUGACUGCAAUUAUACGAGUGCCGUGCGAUACUUUUGCACAGGAUAUGGCCUGCUCUUUACUCCUAACAGAAAACGACGAUUUGCUGCGCUUAACGGUGAACGUAAUCAGAAAUGAUCUCUCGAUGGCGAUGUCGGUGUUGGCGAAACGAGCGAUGGGCGAGCCGCCGGGAGGGGGCGUGACAAAACCGGGGGCAAGCGGUGGACCAGGUGGCUCGGGAGCCGGUGGAUCCUCUUCUUCCGGCGGGAUGCUUUCCUCCGCAAUGAAAUCUGGCGCGAACGUUUUGUCGACCACAACCGGAGGUUUGGUCGGGUCCUCCGCCGCGAUCACUUCCAUCGACCAGCAGGCAGAGCCGAUCGCGGCAUUGGCUUUGAAUCUUGUCGGGAACAUCGGCGGCGCGGAGUUCGCGGAGAACCUCUUCGGGGAUGUGUGCAAGCUCGUCUCGCCGAACAUCUCGGCGUAUUUGAAACGGAAAGCGCUGAUUUGCCUGCUGCGGCUAUACCAGUCCGAUCCGACUUCGAUCGAACAGAGCGGGCUGUGGCUGCAGAGGUUUAAGGAGGUAAGAGAUAGUAGUACCCCUGAUGUUGGCCAUGUUCUUGUCCACGUGAUUCUGACUUUGACAUGCACAAUUGACAGUGAACGUGAAGUGGCGAAGCAUUUAUGUGAUAAUAUACAGCGAGCAUUACAAGUUGAAGGAAAAAACGACAUCCCAAUUAUAUCAGAUCCUCCGCGAGCGUGACAUAGGCGUUCUUCUUUCCGCCCUUGGCCUGCUCAUUGGCAUCUUCGAACGCGAGCAAAAUCAAGCCAGCUCUGUACAUCAAUCCCAAGGCCAACUUGGAGGAAAUAGCCAGAACCUCGGCGCCUACUACUGGAUCGAGCUCGUCCCGUCUCUCGUCACGAUCCUGCAACGGAUUUACCACGAACCGAAUUUCAUCCUGGUUCACCAUCACUACUACUCGGUGAAAGCGCCCUGGCUGCAGAUCAAAGUGCUGAAGCUUCUGCAGUACUUCCCGUUUUCCCGGAAAGACGUGUUGCGGAAAAACGUGGCAUUUUACGGCAGUGAUCAAGACGGCGCGUCGAGCUACAGCAACCAAGUUGUAGACCAGCAGCAGCAGAACAUGAUUUCCAUUUCCGCGCUGCUCCAAACAGUUCUGGUCCCCUUGAUCGAGCGGGUCGUUUCCUUAGGAGAGCAGACAUACCAGCAGUUUGGGCAAAACCUCCCACAAACAUCCAAUCCAACCUCCUCUCGCACCUUCGCCAUGCCGCAGAACGCAGCGAACGACAGACGGGCGCAGAGGAAGGCGGAGGCGGAGAGGCUGAACAUGACGAACGCGAGUAACUCUGUCGUGUUAGAGGGGUUUCAUUUACUUGUCCAUCUAGUCCCGACAAGAAUCUUUGAGCAACAGAACGAAUUUGUCAUACCGGAGCCGUUGAUCGAUCGCAGUUGUCAGCUGCUUGGGAUUUAUCUUCAAGCUAGGGAAGCGAACUUGCGGUACCUCGGGUUGAUGACCUUGUCGAAACUGACGUUGAUUCUGCUCAGGGAAAGGAGGCUGGAGAUGGAGCAGAAAAGGUUUUUACAAGAUCUGGACCGGAAGUACCGAAACGUGAUUCUGGCGCAAAUGCGGGAAGCGGACAUUUCCGUGAGACGGCAGGCAUUACAUCUUCUGUACGCGAUUUGCACGGUGGAGAACUGGCAGCAGAUUGUUGAUGAGUUACUCGACGUGUUGAUGAACAGUCUGAAAAGUGGAACAGGACCGGGUAGCACAACCAGCAGCUCCGCUAUCCAGGAAGAAGCAUCCAUCCACAUCCAAUUUGUCAUGCAAAACACGUAUAAAGUCCUGCGUUUGUCAUGCAAAAAAUCGAUGGGAGUGGGCUUUUUUUUUCUUUGGAUAUCCACGAUGAUGAAGCAGUCAACCUUGUCUGACCUCGGCCUCGCGUCCUCCACGUUGAAAGAGGACAUCGUGCUGCGCGUCGCGAUAUUGGCGGAAAGGUUUUCCGGCGCUGAUCUGUCCUGGUACAUCGACGUGAUUUUCAAAAUGCUCGAGUACGCACCUGAGUCGGUGUAUGAAAGCCUCAGAAUGGAAAUCCUCAAAGUGGAAAUGGUUUGUGAUGCAUGAAAUGCGACGCAAAAAAGACUGUAUUGCAGAGGACGCAAUGGAGGCCGACUAUUGUCCUGCUAGGGGUGAAGAAUAGUCGCGCUACUUAGCAUGACAGAAGGGCACCCCUUUGCCUUAACCUGCAUGACAGACAUGCUUUAAGUACCCGGGAAAUUUGUCAUGCGCCGACUACAAAUGCCGCCUCAACUGUAGUCGUUUUUUUGCAUUACAAAUUAUUUUCACUUUGAGGAUUUCCAACCUGAGGCUUUCAUACGGUGGACGAAGCCGUGUGGCACCGGGCCGUGCAAGUGGUCGGGGCGAAGCCAAAGAGUAACGACAGCAGUGGGCAGCAGAAGCAGAUCGAAUUGCAGAAAUACGCUGCGGAGAAGGCAUAUUACUGCCUGUGCAGCAGUUUGAGCACGGCAAAUAGUGGGGGCGGUUAUCAAAUGUAAAAAUAUCUGGGUCUGGAAGAUUCUGAGACUUGUCAUGCAUAUUUCGGAUCACGCAAGUGGCGUCUGAUGCAGGCAAAAGCAUCACAGUUUUUGAGCAAGCCUCAUGAUGCCUGUCCCGCAUGAGAAACUUCCUACUUGCGUGCCAAGAAAUGGACAGCUUUUGGCGCUCAUGCAACACAAAUCUUUGUGUGUUCCAGAGUUUGCAUCACAAGUUCCAACCCUCCCAGACCCAGACAUUUUUACAUUUGAUAGCGGUGGUGGAAGUAGCUCGUCCACCGCCGUGGUGCCGAGUGGAGGAGUAUCAACUGUAAAAGUGUCUGGGUCUGGAAGAAUGCAACUUGUGACGCUAAAUCUGAAGCACGCAAUAAUCUGUGUUGCAUGCUUACCAAAAGUCGUCCAGUUUUGGCCAAGUCGGGAGGGAGUUUCUCAUGCAGGAUAGGCAUAAGAGAGAGCGCAAAGAAUGAUCUGUCAUGUUAGGUCCUGCAUUACAGACCUCAUGGGUCAGGAAAAAGCUGCAUGACAAAUCGCGCAUUCUUCCAGACCCAGACACUUUUACACUUGAUAAGGAGAAGGUGGGACGAAAGACGGACCGCCAGGGUCAGCUUCUGCAAGCAGACCAGGGAGUGCGGAUGCAGCUGGACCUCCAGGGUCGUCAGCGGCAGCCGCUUCAAGCUUCAAUCAGAACAGCAAGAAUUCCUCCCUCGGCUCCCCUUUAAUCAAGCUCGGUGCGUAUUUACUCGGGGAAUUCGGGCACGAAGCGAACAUCUCGUCUCAAAAGCAGUUUCUGAUUCUCCACCGACACUACUUGAACCACAUACAGGCCUUGCAGAACUACGAAUCAAAUUUCACACUAACGUCGACAGCCGAGAGACGGAACUACAGCAACAAGUCUUUGUUAAUCUCCGUCAUAAGCUCUCUGCUACUCGCGUUCGCUAAACUCCUAAACGCGGAACUGUUAGAAGAGGAGCAAGGGGAGAAACGGACGAGAACGGCGAACGAGAUUCUGCAGAUUUUCAAAAAUCUGUCAGCGUCCACGGAAUUGGAACUGCAGCAAAGAGCUUGCGAAUUCUUAGUGCUCUGCGAACACACGAAAACGAUGGAAAAUUGUUUAUCCAUGAUGCCGGCGUACGAUUUGACUGGGGAGACGAGUGGGAAAGUGAACCCGUUGCUGAACCGGAUAAGUGUAGCUACUGUAUGAAAUGCAAAAGUAGCCUACUAGUAUAAAUUGCAUUACAAAUUUUCGCAAGAGGAAAAGUGGAACUUCUAACGCCGUUUCACCUUUGGAGGGAGAUUUGUCAUGCAUAUUUGCAAUUUUUAGUACGAGUGCGAUACUUUUGCGCAGGAUAUACUGGCGGCGUUAACAAUAUUUCCGGAGCGGGUGGAGCGGUGAGCAGUAGCGCUUUGGACCAGAAUCUGCAGCAGUUCACGAGGCCAGUCGGAGAGGAGUUGUCUUCCGGGAGGAGUCCUGCUGCUGGGGCGAGGGUAGCAGGAGCUGCGGCUCCAUCCCAACCAGGGGGAGGUAGCGACCAACAAAAUCAGCUGCAAAUAGUCCCUGUGAACAAGAAACAACAAGACUCGUCCGACGAGGAUAAUUCAGACUCCGAUUCCAGCGACGAUUCCGAAGACUCAGACAGCGAUGCGUCAAAGAACAAGUUCCCGCAGCCGCGGGUCUUGUGGCAGCAACUCUGUAUCGAGCAGAAGGGGACGUUUUACGCAUCGGGGUCGCUGCAGCUGGCGCUGAAGCACGAAUACAGAAAAGAGCAGGGCAGGGUCGCGAUACACUUUCAGAACAGCUCGAAUAAUAGCGGGCUGAAGGCAAAGCAGAUUUCAAAUUUGGUGAUCGACUUGGAAUCGUCGGCGGAUGGCGGGUCCAGCGGGGAUAGUGCACCGCUGAAAAUUACGCAGAUCACGACGCAGGUAUGAAGAAAUUCGCUGAAGUUAUUUUUCGAUGCUGUGCGCAACAGAAGUAAAAGUAAUCCACGAUCUUGUAAACGUAAACCACAAAUUCUAGACGUUGCAGCUAUAUCAUACAUCAUCAUGUGCGUUUAUUUUAUUAUUUCGCCAUCAACUUCCAUCAGGUAAAACGUCAGCUCGCGCCAGGCGACUCUUUCACCCACUACGUCACCUUGGAGUUGCAAAAGCCCUUCCUGCAGCCGCUCAAGUAUCGGGUUAGUUAUGAGGAGCAGGCCGCCGAUUCAGUAGAUUCAUCCGGGAACAAGCAGAAGAGAAGUUUGCCGCUCAUGUUUCCGGCCAUUCUCACGAAAUUUUGCACGCCCAUGACAGAAAUCACGUUUCUAAAGCAGUGGUCAGAGCUGUCCGGGAGGGAGCAUAUGGUGGUCGGUUUGCGGGCGGCGAAAAACGCGAACGAUAAGUCGGUUGAGGAAUUACUGAAGGCCUGCAACAUACACAUUGUCAGCGCGGUACUGUGGUGUACUUGAUGACGCUCGUUGUCAGCAGCUUCGUUUGUUUUUUCGUGUGAUAAGUUAGUACGUUGAUUCUGAUUGCUCAUACAUUCAUAAGUUUGUGUUCGUGUAGAUUCAUGAUAAACAUCAUGCUAACGGAAAGAAGUAGCUACACGCUUCUGCAUGGUAAAGUCUGGAUUUCUUCACAAUCGAAAUUUCCCCCAGGUCGGGCAACUGUACUGCGGCGCGUGUACCCUCCAUCUCUCCGGCAAUCGACAGAUCAUCAUCGUGUCGAAAUUUGAGAUGGCCAGUUUCAAGAUCACGGUGAGGGCAGCGGACCUGCAGGUAGCGAAAACUUUGGCGCAGAUUUAUUCCAGCUACCUGCUGGAGGGCGGGAAGUGA